UUGCGCGCGCAUCGCAUCUGCCCGACCGACUAUGGCGGACAGGCAGUGAAGGAUGUUUGUAGUCUUUUCUAAAUCGAAAAGUAUCGACGGUAGCAAAUGGCAUAAACCGAGUUUUUUGUAAAAAUUGUACAUUGUAAAUAGUUCUGUGUACAUAUAGUAAUUAUAUUUGUGGUCGUUUUGUUUAGAAAUUGUGUGAAUAGUGUAUUAUUUUGAGUGUUUAUUCGAUUCAGUUUUCGACGCCGACUAAUAUCUUUAAACUUAAAGUUAGUACAUUGGUACAUUAUAAAUAAUAUUUAAAUUCAAAAUUAUUGCAUAUAACACUACUUUUUUAUCAUCGGUUUCAUCUAUUGUCUUUGUGUUUAACUUGAGAAACAGACCGUUGCAGUUUCAUGCAAUAUUUUGAUUCCCAUAGCGGCUGUCAUCGUGCUUCGAUAAAACUAGUAGCUGUCAUUACAAAGACAAAAAGACUAUUAUAGUCUUUAAAUGGCUUCAGUAACCAAUUCCAAUAGCUUCAUAUAGUAUUUUUGAUGAUGGUUAAUGGAAUUCACAUUUGACUAGAAUAAUAGCAGCGUAAAGUUGUAUUGUCUAUAAACAGAAGAUCGAAGAAUACGUACUGUUUACGAUUGCAUAGGAUUGAAGAAUAGUGAAACUGAAUGCUCGAACCUCACGGUAGCCCAAUGAAGUGGCCGGGUACUGGCGGAGAGGAAGAGGCGGGCGAAGCUGGUCUGCAGACAGCGCGAGUAUCGCAAAGUCGUGCCCAGGACGACGCCGCAGUACAUUAUGUGUUCCAGCGCGAGAAUCAAGAAGCUGAUUUGUCUACACUAGCUCCUAAACAGCGCUGGGCGGUUUGCGAGGAUUCAAUAGCAGAGAAUCAAGAUAAAUGGAAGAAUCAUACUCCUAUAACAAUGAAUAACAUACAGCAUCAAGGUCAUAUACAGUUAAAGAACUCACAAACCAAUCAACAAUAUAUUAACCAGGCAAUAGCAUCCUCGGUGGGCACACUAGCUAUAAACCCGUCUGUGAUUGGAAGCCAUCCGGCACAUUUGACUACAAACAUGGUCCAUACCCAAUUGGCUCCAUUACAAAACCACACAUUGGGUAACAAUUUGGCCAUACAGAACAGCAUGAUGCUGCAACCUCUUCAAGGAAUGCAGAAUGCUCCUCAAAUGGGACAGCAAGGUUUAUAUGAUAUUCAUCAACACCCAGCCACUCCCAUGCAAGCUCCAAUGAAUGGCAUGGGCAAGAGUGCUGAGCACCUCAUGUAUCUAAGUCAGGCUGGGAUGCUUGCUCCGGGAACAAAUCAAUUUCUACAACAAGGACAGAAUCAACUUGGGCUUACACCAGUCGCUGCAAUAAGAAAUCAGAUUGCACCAUCUGCAAAAAAGUUGUGGGACAAAGGACCUGGAGCUGGAGGUGAUAUCAAAGGACCACCACAUCUACCACCCUUGCAGCUGAACCCUGAACAGAUGUGGCGAGACCCCACUUGGUCUGCUCAAGCAGUGGAACACAAUGUGGGUGUACCGAUGAUGGGUACUCGUCGUGGGGUAGCGUUUCCUGGCGGGGACGCCAGCAGCAUCCUCUCGCCGAGAGACACCGCCGGCCUGGGGGUCAAGAUGGUGGAGUACGUGCUGAGAGGCUCCCCAACGGUGUGUGUCAUAGAGGGUGGCGUGGCGGGGGCAGUGGCGGGCGGCGGAGAUAAGGUGGCGGGCGUGGUGGCGGGCCUGCGAGGCAUGGUGCUGGACGAGCGCUCAGAGGACAAGCCGGCCGCCGCCUCGCCCUUCGACAAGGACCUGCACGAGCUGCACGACCACGCCGCGCUGCAGAACGGACUGCACAACGGCCAGGACGACGACAAGGCCUUCAAUCGCACCCCUGGCUCCCGGCAGCCGUCUCCCGCUGAGGAGGAGGGUGGUGUGGGCGGCAUGAACAACGUGAACACUGGCGGGGUGAACGCGGGCGGCGUGGGCGUCGGGGUGGGUGUGGGCGUUCGCAACGGCGAGGCGGGCGCCUUCCCACUGCUGCCGCACGCGCUGCCCGCGCCACAGCCGCAGCUGCACCACUUGCCGCAUCUGCAGCACCCUCAGCAUCAUCCCGGUAUGCUCGGAGUUGCUCCUCUCCAAGGAUUGCCACAUCCACAGCAUCCUCAACUUCACCCUGGCAUGAAUCUGAACGACUCUAUGAACCAGCACAUUGAACUCGUCUUACAAAUGGAGCAGCACCCGCAGUUUGACAACAACAGUUUUGCAAACACCCAGCAGUACGCGGGCGGCGUGGGCGGGGUGGGCGGCGUCGGUGGCGUGGGCGGCGUGAGCGCGUCCAGUAGCGGCGUGGGCGGCGCGGGGCUCGUGAACGGAGCGUCCGUGGUGCCCGCCGCGCCGGACUCGGCCCAGCACCACCAACCCUUCGAGCUGCAGUUGUUCCGUUCGCAACAGGCGGCGGCGGCCGGCGGUCAGGCUGCUGCGGCACAGUUACAGCUGCUGCAGCAACAGCAACAACAGCAGUUCCAGCUGCAACAACAGCUGGCCGCCCAGCAGGCUUUCACGCAGGCGCCGUACGUGAUCAACGCCGGCCAGGAAGGCGCGCCGUACGUGAGCGCGUUGAUCGCCGGCGUGCCGCCAUACUAUGGAGUGGCGGCGCCUUGGGGAGUAUACCCCGGGCUGGUGGCGCAGCCGGCGCAACAGCAGGCCCAGCAGCCGCGGCGCCCGCUCACGCCGCAGCAGGGCGAGCAGCAAGUGAACGGCCAGGGGCAGUACGUGAUCCCCUACUACGACCCCGGCUCGCUGGUGAUGGGCGGCAGGAACGGGACGCCGCUGAGGCUCGUGUCCCCCGGCGGAGUUCUCGCUCCCCGCCAGUACCCCGCGCCCACACACCCCGCCGCCACGCCCGCCCCGCAGCCGCCGUCACAGCAGCAGCAGCAGCAACAACCAGGAGCGUGUGCCGGAGGAGCGGGCGGCCCUGCCGGCAGGAGGGACUCGCUAGAGUUCGGCGGGGGCCUGCAGGACUACACGCGCAAGUGGGGGCCUUCACCGCUGUCACCGCCGCUGGGAGCCCUCGGACCGGUGGGGCUCCGGCCGGUGUCCGCCGCGCCCGGAGCUGAGACCGCCAAGUACAGAGUGAGCAGUUUGGCGCAAGGCCUGACCUCCAACAGCGGAAUGUUCGGUUCGUCGUCAUCACUAUUGAGCAAACUGAGCGGUGUCGGAACCAUCUCAGUGUUUCCAGAGCUGGUCGGUGGUGGUGUGGGGAGCGUGGGCGGCGUGGGCGUGGGCGGGGUGGGCGCGUUGGUGGCGGGCGAUAAGCCGGCUGCUGGACGCUCACGGCUGCUAGAGGACUUCCGCAACAAUCGCUUCCCCAACCUGCAGCUCAGGGACCUCGCCAACCACAUCGUGGAGUUCUCACAGGACCAGCACGGCUCCAGGUUUAUACAACAGAAGUUGGAGAGAGCAACGGUUCAAGAGAAACAGAUGGUGUUUAAUGAAAUUAUCGGCGCCGCGUACAGUCUCAUGACGGACGUGUUCGGCAACUACGUCAUACAGAAGUUCUUCGAGUUCGGCACGACGGAACAGAAGACGACGCUAGCUCAAAAGGUGUUGCAGGUGCGCGGACACGUGCUGGCGCUGGCGCUGCAGAUGUACGGCUGUCGGGUCAUACAGAAGGCGCUGGAGUCCAUACCGCCCGAACAGCAACAGGAAGUGGUCAGGGAGCUGGACGGACACGUGCUCAAGUGUGUCAAGGACCAGAACGGCAACCAUGUUGUACAAAAAUGUAUAGAGUGCGUCGAACCGGCGGCGUUACAGUUUAUAAUAAACGCGUUUGCCGGUCAAGUGUACGCGCUGUCGACUCACCCCUACGGCUGCAGAGUGAUACAACGCAUCCUGGAGCACUGCACGGCCGAGCAGACCGCGCCCGUCCUGGCCGAGCUACACGCACACACCGACCAGCUCAUACAGGACCAGUACGGUAACUACGUGGUACAACAUGUGCUGGAGCACGGCGCGGCGGAGGACAGGUCGCGGCUGGUGGCCGGCGUGCGGGGGAAGGUGCUGCAGCUGUCACAGCACAAGUUCGCCUCCAACGUGGUCGAGAAGUGUGUGACGCACGCCACGCGCAACGAACGCGCUCUGCUCAUCGACGAGCUGUGCGGGUUUAACGAUAACGCUCUCCACGUCAUGAUGAAGGACCAGUACGCCAACUACGUGGUCCAGAAAAUGAUCGACGUGGCGGAGCCGACGCAGCGGAAGGUGCUGAUGCACAAGAUCCGACCUCACAUCGGCUCGCUGCGCAAAUACACGUACGGAAAACACAUCAUCGCCAAGCUGGAGAAGUUCUUCAUGAAGGCGCCGGAGCUGGGCCCCAUCGGCCCGCCGCCGCCCAACCCGGUCCUGUAGUGUGUGUGAGCGAGUGUCGACGUCCGCGGAGUUAGGCUGAUGCGACGGCGCGGGUGAUCCCUGCCUAUUAUAAAUUUUGUGAAUAUUUGCGAUUGUACAUUUGUAAGUAUAGAGCUCGUCGCCCGGACGGCGCCCUGUACAUAUAGCGGCAGACUGAUGUACAGAACGAUACGAUAACUGUUUACUAAACGAUAGUUGUACAGCGCUCGGCCGUCGCCUCACCGCGGCGUAGCGAUUUUUGCGUUUCUAGUUCUUAAGUGUUCUAGUAUUAUUCGUUGUUCGUAUGAAUCUAUGUAUAAAUAUUUGAAAGUCUCUCAUUCUCGUGUAAUUUAUGAAUCGAAGGAAGGCUGCGGUCUCGAUGAGCCGGUGCUUCUCCGUAAUGUAGCUCGUUGUAGAUUUACUGUUAGCUGGGCUAGGGGACCUUGAAUCUUGGGAGUGAUGAAGAAUGCCGCAGGCAGUUCUAGACAAUCGGCACUAUAGUCGUGAUUUUAUUAUUAUUUUGUGUAGUGUUCAAGUCAAGCUCUCGUUUAAGUUUAAAACCGGCUUUAAAUCGUACAUAGCUUAUCGAAUAUUCUAAGCGCCGGAGUGUAUAGUUUUGGAAUUAUUAUUUUUGUAUAUUUUUAUGUGUUACGUGUAACUUAAGUUAUUUAGUUGGCCCCGAGGCACGCGGGCGAUGCUUAGUUGUGUGCGCGCACGUCGUUAUAGUGAUGAUUGUUAGUGCUGUGCUGAUAGCCGUAGCCCGAGGUCCGCCUUGCCGGUCGCACGUCACAAGCGUAGCUGCUCCUCAUUCCCCGUCUGUAAUUAUUUUAAUAGGAAGCGUAGUUUCCUACGACACCUCAGAUUUUUUACGUCUAGAUGUAAUUGAAAAUAAAAUUAUUGUAUAUGGCUGUACAAAAAUGUUAACAAGAUGAUUUGUAAAACCUGUAUGUUAUGGAGAAAGGCGGGGCGUCGAGAGCGACGAGGUGUAACUUAUCGCGGCUCCAGCCGUCCCGUCUUGUAGGUUGUACUAGAUAACAUUUAUAUGGUGAUCCAUCUAUUUAGACAUUAAUUAAUAAAGCAUUUCUGUAAUAAUAUUACAAAGCA